AUGGAUGGCAUCACGUCUAGGUACCAAAUUGAUUGCAUCACGUCGAGGUACACAUUGGAAGGGAUCACUUCUAGGUACAAAAUAGAUGGCAUCACGUCUAGGUACAAAAUGGAUGGCAUCACGUCUAGGUACAAAAUAGAUGGCAUCACGUCUGGGUACAAAAUUGACGGCAACGCGUCUAGGUACAAAAUGGAUGGCAUCACGUCGAGGUACACAUUAGAUGGCAUCACAUCUAGGUACAAAAUAGAUGGCAUCACGUCUAGGUACAAAAUGGAUGGCAUCACGUCUGGGUACAAAAUAGAAGGCAUCACGUCUAGGUACAUUAUGUAUGGCAUCACGUCUAGGUACAAGAUGUAUGGCAUCACAUCUAGGUACAAAAUGGAUGGCAUCACGUCUAGGUACAAAAUAUAUGGCAUCACAUUUAGGUUCAAAUGGAUGGCAUCACGUCUAGGUACAAAUUGA